AGUAUAAAUACCAGAACUACAAGCUCGAAAAAACCAGAAGUAAAUUCACCAUGGCCAACCUUAAAGCUGUUUUCCUCAUCUGCAUUGUUGCAUUUAUUGCAUUCCAUUGCGUAGUAGCCGAACCUACUGCCGAAGAUUCCGUUAUGGUUAAACGCAGUAUUGGUAGCGCGUUUAAAAAAGCCCUCCCCGUUGCAAAGAAGAUUGGUAAGGCCGCCCUACCCAUUGCAAAGGCUGCCCUACCCGUUGUAGCCGAUCUUGUAGGAUAAUGUAUUCCUAUGCUGUAUUUAAAGCGAAAUGACGUAAAAAUAUCCUUUGAAAAGUCAUAAAUAAUAAAAUUAUCAAAAUAUAGCUUGAAAAAAAAAAA